AUGACUGGGAACGAGGCUGGUCUGACACAGUUUUUUUGAUAGGCUGAAAAUUAGGUUUGAUUCUUCAUUAUUGUAAUUCACAGACCGGUCAGAGGCGUCCGGUGGAGAAAUAAUUUCCUUUGCUAUUUUUUUCCAACGAUGUUGAAGAUAUCUAUACUAAACUAAGUUCAUUACCUUUAUAAGAAAGUAUUUUGGCAGCUCUUAUAAUGUCUACCCAUCAGAAUCAUGCAUAAAGUUCAAUUAGUUUGUUUCUUUCAGGUGAAUGUCGUAUACUAGCGUUCCCUAGUUUUUUGUUCUACGCUGAGAAACGAUUGCUAAACCACACAAUCAGAACUGAGCAAGUCAAAGAUUUAAGCCUCUGUGAGCUCCUCUGUUACUACGAGCCAAAUUGUGUGAGUAUGAACUUCAAAACUACAGAAAACGCUGAAGGAACAUUCAGCUGUGAGUUGAACAAUUCAACUCAUCGAAGACAUGAUGAUGAGUUUAUGGAUAAUUAUGGCUACUUAUACCGAGAAGCAGAGGUAGGUUAUUUUACCUUAUAGGAAAAGAGCAAUCAACCAUCGAAUAUUUAUACCAUGCUCUCCAUAUAUGGUCGGUGUACGCGUCAGUUUAAAAUUGGAAGCUAGCUGAGAUUUUUUUUCGCGAAGGAUAGAACGGCGCCCGAAGCAAAUCGUUUUAAUUCAUUUCUUAGAAUACUAGAAAUGCAAUUUCAUCGAAACGAAAAAGACAAAAACAAACGAAAAAGCCACAAGAGCUUGUUUGAAAGUUUGUCGAAAAACACAUGAAAACACAUGGGACUAAAGUACCUCGACCAGCUACGAAAGAAGACAAGUGUUGCUUCUUCAUGAUCGGGAAGCCAUUCGCCGAUCGAGUCACUCGCCGAUAGAUAACUGCAGCUUGUUUAUCCGACAUAAAGAAUAUAAAUCACAAGUAACCAGCUACAAAUACAGGCUAUGCAGCCAUUCACUAGAGCAAUCGAGGCGGCAGUAUAGCUUCUUUUCUCGUUCAGCAAAACCAGCUUGUGGCUUCAAACAACUUCAUAACAAGCGACCGAGGUAAUAUCGGUAGUUUUUCUCCGUUGUUCUUACUUUUAUAACUGCACCAAAAAUCCAAAUUCACAGUAAUUUUGACGGCUGUCACUUAAAAAUUCUUUUCCUUCACAUUAUCUGCCAGGUUUUUUUAGCUGUUCUGCUGUGUAAAAUCCUAGAAUCCCGAUGAGUUUUUAAAAAACUAAUGUUCAUCGCUACAUUGUUUUGAUUUUUCAUUCAUGCAGUCCAGGCGAGUCCGUUCGCGCGUUGACAGUUUUGAUAGACGUGUGACAUGUGAAUAGCGGAAGUCCCUUGUCUUUUCCGGUUUGUUCUAGUCGGGGCGAUUCAACGAGAUUUUGUGGGCGUUUUUAAUAAAACAAUUAUUCCACUCGGGCUUGUUGGAUAUGAAAUGAUUAUAGCCAACUCGGCGCUACGCGCCUCGUUGGCUACAGGGGCACCCAACGGCAAUUUUCGGGAAAAUAUCUGUUCGGAAGACGAUUUGAGAUCUAGAAUUUUCGGAACAUUUGCUGUAAAAUUUCUUGCUUGCCUGCCUCUCCUAGGAUUUUCGAGCGUCUACAAAAUGAUAUAAUUACCCAUUUUAAACGGAUAUUUACCCUAAAAAAGGCCACCUAGAAUUUUCGGGAGCCUUUUCCUGGCUGAAAUUUUCGAAAAGGUAAGUUUUGAUCUCUAUAAUUUUCGGAUCACUAGACUUUCAGCUAGGAAAUCCGAACAGAUGAAAAGUUUUUAGGGGAUAAAAAUAUGCCUAUAUCUACCGUUUAAAUACUAAAAUACGUUCAACAAUGCUAUGUUAAGUGGUUUUGAACUAUAUCCUCGUUGGGUGCCCCUGUGGCUAUCUAGCAUCUCAUAUCCAACGCGCCCUCGUGGAAUAAUUGUUAAAUACGUUAGAAGUGUCUCAAAUAGCUUUUAACUUUGGCUUUAGAGGCCUGGUUGGUUAUUUUGGAGCUGCACUAAAUAGUAUUUAUCUGUUUGGAUGUCUUAGGGGAAGUUUGGUUUCGUGUUUUUAGGCAAUAGUUGCUCCUUUGACUAGGGGGGAAACAAUUGUUCUUCAGAAAAAAGUCGUCGAGUGCCCCUGUAUGCAUCUCUAAUUGACCGUAAAUUUAAAAUAAUUGUCCUGGAACUCAGAGAGUCAGACUGUUCAAAGUCUCCUGUUUUCCCCUUUAUACGAGCAUCAAGAUCGAGCUCUUACUGUCACUGGCUGCUAUUUUGUACCUAAUUGGUUUCAAAUGUACCGAUCUCGAGGGGGCGGGCGUCGAGGCGUUCAGAUAGUUGGGAGCGAGUUAGACUCUAUCAAGAUGACCGCAUGAAGCCCUCGUUCUCAACGAUGUAAAAAAUGGCGGCUGACUGUGAACAGUUUUAAAAAUAGGCUUUUGUACAUUUAGUAUGAAAUAAUUUUCUUCGCGCAUUAUUUGAGCAAUUUAGUGGAAUUUCUCGGAAAAUUGUCGUUUUGUAAAGACAGUGAACACCACAAGACAAAAUUCGAAAUAACACAAAUUCAAAUGACGGCUUGUAUACGCAUAUUGUAUACGUUGAGCAUUUUAAUACAAUUAUUGUGAGAACCUAAGCCAGAGAAUUUUAGUGGGAAACAAAAGUUUAUAAUCUAUGGAACACAAUUUUUUCUUUGCUUUUGCUUAAAGAGUGCCUGUGAUGCGGACCCCUGCGAAAACGAUGCCACAUGUCAAGCUGGAUAUACGCAGAAAAAAUAUCGCUGUUUGUGUCUUUCUGGAUUCACCGGUGAAAACUGUGAAAGCGGUAAGCACUAUGUCAAACGCUAUUUUGUUUUCAAAUUAAUACAGUCCGCAUAAUGUCAAUGAAACAAUCAAAGGACAGCGCUGGACAGGAAAUCUCUGGUGCUUGGCUUUAUUCAACUGUUGUGACUAUUUUACGGAAAAGGGUCAAACUGAGUUAAGUACACAGAUUCUCGCAGUUAAUAACCAUAUAUAUCCCGCGUGUGAGAUUGAUACGGUUAUCAAUUUAGAUUUAGAUCAAUUUAAUAAACUGAGCAUUGUACUUCAGGUCAACAUUAAGUUACAAACAAAACCAAGCAGCCUUCUGGACUGCAUUGCCACUGAGCACGAAGUUUUAAAAGAGAUCAUCGCUUAUUAUUCAGAUAAGAAAAUCAGUGACAGAUCUAGGGCAGCACUGACAUUAAAAACCAGCUGCCAAGAUAUUUCUUUUACGGACACUGACAACGCCCACCAGCCCGACUCUAAGCCAGUCCCCUCAUACCACUCCACCCUACCUGAAAGUCUAGAUUCACUGCCAUUGAUUGAUUUCCAUUUGGAGUGAGACAUUUAACGCGUUUCCUUUGUUCCAUUUUCUUCUCUUGAGAGUCGUUAUGGAAAUAUUAUCUUGCGGAGAGCCUAGUUACAGACACUAUAUUCAGCUUACUUUAAAUAUACCGUAGAAUUCCGAAAAUAAGCCCCUCCAUGUAUAAGCCCCCCCAAAUAUAAUCCCCUCAAACCGGUAACGCAAAAAAACCCUCGGUUAAAUCGCCCCUCCAAAUAUAAGCCCACCCGGGGGCUUGUACUUGGAAAAUUGCCCUCAAGUACAAAGUAAAACAAAGUAAAAACGGUAAGUUUACUUCCAACUAUAAGGCUAGUCCAAUCGAUUUUGAAACGUAAAUUUCCCUCCGCAGAUAAUCCCCUCCGAAUAUAAGCCCCUCCAAAAAUAAGCGCCUUAAAAAAGGGGCUUUGAAAAUUUAAGCCUCGGGGCCUAUUUUCGGAAUUUUACAGCAAUCCUAACCAGUUUCUAAAAGAAAAAUCUCCGCUAGCAAGUUUCUUGAUUCAAUAUGGUAUUCGUUCUAGAUAUAAAUGAAUGUGAAGAAGGAACACAUAAUUGUGACGUUAAUGCCGAUUGCACUAACACCAGAGGCGCGUUUACCUGUACUUGUAAGCUCGGAUAUGUGGCGGAUGAUGAUGUUUGCAAAGGUGAAAAUUCUCAUUCUAAAUCUUUGUUUUAUUAGCUUUAGCUAAAGGAGAUGUAUUUGUCUCCCAAAAAUUUCUUAUUCAAUAUUUUAUAAAAACUGUCUGUUUAUCGGAACGCUUUUAGCAAUAAAACGUGUACAGAAAAAGCGCCCUCUUAACAGGCGUAUACAUCCCCGAGAAAGUACGCUUGCACUCGGCUGGUUGUCAUAAAAUUGAAGCCUAUCGGAUGCCAGGCGCUACGGAAUGAUCCAUGCGGCGAGUCAAUUAACUCGCUGUAUUAUUAGCAGACAACGAAUAAACGUAGACUUAUGAUUUUAUUCUAGUGCACGAAACAACAACAACAACAGUAACAACAAUCGUUAAUGAAUUUCAUGCAACAAGUUACAGUUGUGUUGUCCACACAAUUAGCAAAAAUGCUAUUCUAGGUGGGACAAGAAUAGUUUACAAUUACAUUUACAAUAAAUGGUUAUAAGAAAUAACACCAAACACUCACAGACAAACACACACAAAUAGAAAAGAAAGAAAGAAAAGAAUGGAAGGGAAGAGAAAAUGAAAGAAAAGAAAGAAUACUCACGAUAAUUUAACAAAUAAUUAAAUAAACUAUGAAUAAGAGAACUGAAUGGGAAACACUUAUUUAAACUUGAGACUGACUCAGGCAUAAUAAAAUAAAGAUAGGAGAAUCAAAAUACGUAACGAAAAAACGUAGAAAACAGUCAAGAAAUAAGCAAGAAUCGAAGAGAAAAAAAGAAAGUUACGUGGUCAGCUCACGUGAUCACGAAAAAUAUUUCUGAUCACUAUGAUAAAACGACCCGCCAAAGAUCGGCUAAUCUCACUUAAGUUGUGUGUUCCCAAGUCGAUUUAUGGCCAUGUAAUGUGUUUUAAUUGAGCUGGUUUGUUCUCUCCCUGUAAUAUGCAUAUAAAGAGAGAGAACAAACUGUCCGUUCAAUUUAAAAAACGCUAAAAUGUCGACUCGACUUAUCAGUUUAAGUCAUGGAGUAGUGAUAUUGGUAUUAUUAUUAUUAUUAUUAUUAUUAUUAUUAUUAUUAUUAUUAUUAUUAUUAUUAUUAAGAAGAUAUAACGAAGAGACAAAAUUCUCUGUUACUCCGAGUUUCGUGCUCACGCACUCAUCAGACAGUAUUUAAAUACUGUCUGAUGAGUGCGUGAGCACGAAACACGGAGUAACAGAGAAUUUUGUCUGAGCACGAAACUCGGAGUAACAGAGAAUUUUGUCUCUUCGUUAUAUCUUCUUAUUCAAAGCUCUACACUGAAAAAGUGUAUUGAGCACUGUUUAACGGCUUUAGCCACUUUAUUACACGUAUUAUUAUUAUUAUAAAUUCUUAAUGAGUUAACCUUGGUGCAUGCACCCUGAGAGGUAUUAAAUUUUCUCUCUUUUUAUUUUCCAUCAGAUGCCGAAAAAAGUAAGUUUAAUACAACUUGUCUCAUUGUUUUUCAUUUUAGACCUUGAGCAAAACACUUGUUUAUAUCCCUUAGUUACGAAUUAACCGUGGUUAACCGUAGUUAAAAUAUAGUUUCAAAUUGAACUGAUUCAGGACAGGCCAAAGGGCGAGCGAGCGGCAAAGCCCUGCAGUCGCGUCUCCUCUCGCGUGCCGCUCGCGUGUUAUUUUCAUGAUAUUCCUCAAAUGCAAAAUGGAGAGCUUGCUCGCAGGCUAGAAGGGAUCCAAUUUUAAUUACAGUUCGAAUCCUGGAUCCCGUAAUGUGCUCCUGGUUACGUCAAGAUUAAGUGAUCUGGUGAAUUUUUUCAAAAAGAAAAUGUAGGUGUCUCUCCUUUUCGGGUAUCGAUUCCUUUAAAACAUCAUUCCCCAAAUCCCGCAUCCCGUCCCGGCAUAAUCACACUCUUCAGAGUUCCGACUCAGGACCUUCAAAUAAGUCAAACUAGUCCCGGAUCCCGAUAAACCUGCUGGGGCCUGGGUAAACUGUGGACGCGACAGAAAAGAGUUGUCAUGACAACUAACCUUGCAUUAGCGCCGCUAUAGACUGCGCUUUGAACACCUUGGCCCUGCUCGGUUGACAAUCAAUCCAUGAUCAUGACCAAACUGAAUGAGCUUCGAACAACUUGCUCCAGAUCAGUUAAAAGUUCAAACCGUGUGGAGGAAGACAAAUUGUUUUCUAGUGUUCGUUGCAAUUUAAAGAAUUCGAAGAAUGUGUCUUGGAAAUUUACAGAAUUUUACACAUUAGACGUGUGAGGGGAGAGGGGCGGCCAUUUUAAAAGAUCUUAGAAGAUUUUUAAACCAACCCCAAACUAUAUCUUAGCUUUUUAGAGAUGAGCUGGUUUGACUUAAUGUGAAAGUGAAGCCCUUCCCCCCCCCCCCCCCACUUCACCACAUACUUUAUCGACUUCAUUUACAGUAGUGUUUAACACAUAAAUGUUACUUUACUAUUUACGGCUGUUACAUUCACGUAUCAAAUCACGCUCGUUACUGCUUUGUGCUAAUUUUAUGAAUGUUAUUAAAAUGCUCCCCAUCUAACGCUCUCUUAUAUGAAAAUGACUACUCAAAACAAUCAAGAUUUUGAAAUCCCCCCCCCGCCCCUCCUCCCCAGCAAAAUGGUUGCCACCUUGUGUACAGGUAAUAAACGACCAGAGCCUUGUUUAAGUGAGGCUUAUCAGUAUGCAUCAAGGAUAAGACCUACAUAAAGAACACUUGCUAUUUAGCCUGAUUGAAAUUUACGUGAGACAGUCAAUAAAAGUAGCUGAAUAGAUAUACGAUGCAAGUAAUGCAUCUAUUUUAUUUCGACGAACAAAUCUAUAACCUGCGCCCAAGGACGAAACUAAACUUCUGGUCUGUCUGCAAAACAGCGCCGAAAUCCUUGUUCUCGGCUCCUCCAACACCCCAUUUGUGUACCCAGAUUUGAGUACGCGACUGAGGUAGUCGCACAUGAUAUUGUGGAUUUGCCAAUCAGGUUGAAGGGAAACUCGAAACGCAUUUUUCAUUCGUCGGGUCUGUUGGGGGCCCAGGAAAGGAUAUCAGCGCUGUUUCACAUACGUUACUAUUGGGGUUAGAUUGGGUCUGCGAUGCAGGCCAGGAAAUCUAUUAAAAAAAGCUAACUCCUUGCUGUGUUUCUUCAGUUUACCAUGUUACAGUAAGAACCACUUCAGGAUCAUUUUCUGUUCCGUUGCCCGGGACUAAUGCAAACGUGUGGAUAAAGGUUCUUGGUACCAAAGGCUCCACAGAUCAAAUACAACUUGAUCAUCCCGGAGACGACGAGUUUACUGGAGGAAGGCAAGUGUAAUACUUGAGUAAUAAACAUUCUCGAUAGAGGGUCCCCAAUAGGCUCGGGAUACGAGAUUUACCCUAAAUUAUUUGAAGCUCAGGAUUCGGGAUUUUAAAGCAACCGCGGGAGUUGGGAAGCCAAAAGUAUCCAUCCGGGAUUACCGGAUUGUCCGCAAUUUUGGGUCGGGAUUACGAGAUUGAAGAACCCUAUUGGGGAACCUCUCGAUAGGGCGCAGACAAGGCGAAAUGGUGUGAGUGCAAACGGAGGGUCGAACGGACGUACGGUCAUGUGACUACCAAAAUUUGUCAUAUGGAUAAAUGACCUAAUUGUCUUAGUUUGAGGGAUCCGCUCACGGGCUUCUCGCGCGCUUCGGAACUCUGUUAUUAGUUUUUUCUACUUAGCAUCCUCUUCAAGUGAUAAGGUUUAAAUAGCAGUAAAUAGGUCGUCUGUUUUUUCGCUGUAGGACUGACGUAUUUUCUUUUGAAACUUACCACGUUGGAACAAUAACAGGAGUAGAGGUUUAUCGAGAUAAUCGUAAAACGUGGAGUUGGGAUUCUCCAAGUUGGCAUCUCGACUAUGUGAGUAAGAUUCAGUAA